AUGCUGAGCUGCGCCUAUGGAUGCUUGUCAUCUGCACAAGGUGACUCUCAACCACAAGCCGUUCAGCCUUCUGUCUCUGGACUUCAACCUGCUGGGCACGGUAUUGGUAGUGUUCAUGGUGUUCACCCCACUUCUGGUGCUGUUGGCGUUCCUGCAUUUGGUACAGGUGUUAACGGAGCUGGAGUUCCUGGUGCUAUUCCUGGUGUUCCUCCUGAAUCUAAACUUCAUGGUAUUUCUUCGAGUGAAUGUCCUUCCAAUGGCACAAGGGGAGUUGUAGUCGGUGAUAAGUUUGUUCAGAUUCCAUGUGCUGCAGCUGUUCCAGGUACUUUUGUUCCUGGUACAGCUAAAAAGACUCCGAAUGGUGGUGGAGAUUCCGCUAGUUCUAUUCAGGCACCUGGUGUUGUUCCUGGAGUUGGUGGUGUUGUUUCUGGUGCUCCUGUUCCUGCUAUUCCUGGAUAUCCUGGUGUUAAGGGUUCUGAUGGGGGAUCUCUUCUCUCUACAGCCGAUGCUGGUGUUGGUGGUCGGCCAGGAAUUGGUGAUAAACUUAAACCAGGUAAAAAUGUUACUCUGAUUAAUGGUGUCCUCAAAGAGGAUGAGACUGACCCUCAAGACGUAUCUACGGUGUUACUUACAAACACAGAAGCUGAUCCUCGUAAACUAUCUGGACUUGGUGCGGGAGUUCCUGAUUCUUCUGCUGCUGUUCCUGGAUUUCCUAAUGGGGCUCCUUCUGCUCUUGAUACUGUUCCCAGUGUUAAUGGACAUCCAGCAGUGCCUGGGACUGUUCCUGUGGGUGGGAAACGUUCCAGUAAUGUUCCUUCUAAUCCACCUCCGUCAACUGGUUCUAACGCUGAUGUUGGUCAUCCUGAUUAUCCCGGUGUGUCUAAUGCUGUUCCUAUUGUUGGUGCUGCUCCUUCUGUUACUGGUAAUCGUAUUGUCGGUGGUGAUCGUUCUUCUCGUAAGGCUAUUGCUUCUAACCCCGACCCUACAUCUCUUGAUUCCCAGAGUAAAGAGUCCCCAGAAACUGCAAGAACACACCAUGGAGAGAAUGUUAAUCAAGCAGCGAAUACUGAGGCACCAUCAACUAAUGAACAGAGUGUUAACCAUGCACAGAGUGAAACGGCAAGAAACAUUCCUAUUGCACCCAUUAAAGAGAAUUCACCCGCAGUAACACCAGUACUGCCUCCUAUCUCUGCAAAGAGUAAUGACAAACCACCAAAGAAGCGUAAGUCAGACAGCAGCAAUAUCAGUUCUGUGUGGGUGCGUGUGCCUCUACUGAUUGUGGCUGUGUUGUUCUCCGCUACCGUGUACUGA